CUCUGCUCGCUGCUAUGAGACACAUAACGACCUCAGAGCACCGCUUAUCCUCCUCCAAGACUACACCAAAACUGAGUUAAAAUACAACUCUACUUAUCUAGUAUCUUGCGUCGGAGUUUCAGUGAAGUACAGGCAACAGUUCACGACGAUUAACUGGACUGAAUACGAAAGCGGAAGAACUUCUAGUUAGCUCAACGUUAAUGCAGCAGCUAGCUUAAAGGAGCUAGCUCACACGCUAGCAGCUAGCAGGCUACACCUCUUUGAGCUGUCAUGCCUGGAGUUUCUCGAGAUUUCACUGCGUAAACGAGAACACAUAGUAGAUAGCUGGUUUAGCUUUCAGACGCCCAGCAGCACAGAGGCGUAGUACAGGGCGUUUUACAGGGGCUUGGAUCAGUGACAGUGUCUGAACUAACCCUCACACAGCUGAAGGUUUGUGCGACCUGCAGCUUCAUCCGUCUGGAGAUUACUCACUCACUCACACAUCCUAGAGGAGAGGAGAUGAGAGGGAGAUUGACAUACUGAGUUUCUACGAAAUGGUCGUGGAGCUGUAAAGCCACAAGCUUUAAAAUAAAUAAGAAAAUCCGGCUCACAAGGAGUGUCAGCCUUUCUCUUUGCCAAAAAAAACCCAUCAAGACUGCAGAAAUGCUGACUGACAGCAGGAAACGACACCAUAGCUGUGACAGUGAGGAGGACCAACAGCUGAGUGCUCAGGCCAAGAGGUCAGGAGGGGGUCCCAGCCUGCUUGUGUCAGAUUUGGAUUCAGAGUCUUCCAGCAGCGACAGCAGUAACGGGAUCAGUAGUCCGGAGAGAGCAAUAGUGGCCACCACCAGGCCGUGCAUACACAGCCAGAACAACCGCAUCACCCAGUACUCCCUCAGCCCAAAGCCUGAAGACUCUGGUAGCUCCUUGCAGCAUGGUUUCCAUGGCGACGGCAGCAGUGCCUCUUACGACUGCAUCAACAGAGUCCUGAGGGAGGCGCACUUUAGCAGUCUGCAGACCAGAGGGCGUCCGGGCUCGACAUGACCGUGACCUCCGAUCCCUCUCCUGACCUUUUUGCCCCUCGCCCAUCAGCGCCGACGCUACUGGCGGCGGCGGCGGCGGCGGCGGCGGCUCCUCCUUGACAGCCUCAAGCGACACACUCGGGUCAGGGGGGAGAGGGGGAUGACGUGUGGGGAGGUUUACAGAUUUUGGGCACAAAGGCUCAUCCCCACCUCACCAUGUACCAUUUGUCAAGACCAUAAGCACAUCCGCCUUUUCCAUGGCCCAGCCACUGUGGUUUCCUGUGCAGUAUUGAUGUGUAUGUGUGUUUGUGCGUGUGUGUGUGUACGCACCCUGUGCACUUUAUAAAGAGGUAUCAUUCUCUUAACAUGCGUGCGUUGAUGCGUGGACAUUUUCAUUGGUGCUAAUCACGAGAAACGUGUGAUGAUCCAAAGUGCUCGCAAAACGAAAUAAAGCUAAGCACUUUACUCAAUAACUCCUCGUUCUGUUUACUCUCGACUGGAGGGAAGUCAGCCGCACGUUUGUAUACAUAAAAUGGGAGUUGCUGUUGUGAUCAUACUCACAAAGGAAGUUCAUGGAAGCCAGUGGAUUCACGCCCAAGGAGCAUUAUUAAAACAAGUAAAUUAACAGUUUAGACCAUCUUUGUUUUCUCUAACCAAAGUGACAAAUUCUACUGUAUUUUGCAGUUACUUUCACUUUCUAAAUUAAUCUGUAAUGUUUCAGUGUGGCAGGUCAGUGGGUUCAAGGUAAUGGAACAUUAUUCUUCAUGAGCCGCACCACCAAAAUCCAACCUCAGAUUAGACCCUGGCUAAUUAUAGAGCUGUGAGAGCAGCCACUGGAGUCUGCGGCUCAGGCAACGUAACGCUCAGCACAGUCCGUCUCACGAAAAACAGCCUCAAGACGAAGCUCUCCAAAUCAGUUUGUAACCAUGUGUUUACUUUAACAUUAUACACAUCAUGCGUGCGUGUGUGUAUGCGUCAUACGCCUGUCAGCCAUACUUGAUCAUGUAUGGUUUAAUAUGACCAGUACACUGUGUUGCAAAUAAAAUGAUGGUGGAGGUGUGAAA